AUGUGGAAAUCCGUAGACCUUGUUCUGGACUACAUCCUCUUCUUCACUUUGUUAGGACUUGUUCGUUCUACUGUUAUCACUGAUGAUACCUCCGAUCUCGGUACUGCGCCAUUCGAAUAUAUCAUUGUUGGUGGUGGAACAACUGCAUUAGCUGUCGCUAACCGCCUCGCUGUCAACCACUCUGUCCUGGUAGUCGAACGUGGACCGGACCUAGUCAACGAUGAAGUUAUCAAUGAUCCAUUUACAAAAUUUGGGACACCAUCUCCAUGCCAUUUUCAAAUAGAUCUCGCUCCACAAAUGGGCUUCAACGGAAGUAGGAUGAUUCCAAUGACUUACUGUCUAGGAGGAAGCUCCUCCAUCAACACGAUGAUAGGUUCAAGGCCGACGUUUGCCGGAAUGAGUGCGAUUGAGGCACUCGGAAAUCCCGGCUGGGGAUGGAACGACUUCCUUCCGUUAUUACAUGCAAAAAUCAGAAACUUUUCACCCCCAAAUCCAACGCAACGCGCCGAGGGAGCGGAUUUCAUAGCCGUAGUACAUGGAUUUGACGGUCCUGUUGGAGUCUCAUUUGCCCAGCCCCUCAUCGCACCAACGCUCCAGAACGCUGCAAAAAAUACGACCAACACAGUCUUCGAAGGUGAGGUAGCCCUGAGUCCCGAUAUGGGAGAUGGGUUUUCCGGAGGUGAGUACUGCUGGGGGCCAAUGAACGCAUCGCGCGGACUCCGAUACACUACACUGCAAAUGGAUCGGCGGUCUUCUUCAGCUUGGUCGUAUUUAUAUCCUCAAGCUCAACAGAGAGAGGGGCUAACGGUGCUUACUGGGCAUCGAGUUAAUAAUUUACUAACAUCUACAGGGGCAGGAGGUAACGUCACUGCUACAGGGAUUCUCAUAGAACCUACUGCAGGGGGUACAACGUCGACAUUCAAUGUUUCGAGAGAGGUGGUGCUUUCUGCUGGAACAAUAUACUCUCCUGCUAUCCUUCAGCGUAGUGGGAUAGGAAACACGACGUUUUUACAAAGUAUAGGGAUCGAACCAGUCCUUGACCUUCCUGGAGUGGGUGCCAACUUCCAGGAUCAAAUUCUACUCACAAAUGUUUCAUUCUCCCUUACACCUUCCGCGAACAUUACAAACGUCACUGGGGGAGGGGAAGUUCUGCUGGCGGUGGUGGUGGCACAUCCUACUGCGACGGACACGCUAGGUUCGAAUGGCACCUCUGCAGUGGACAAAAUGCUCCGAAACAUUUCCGCAGAGCACGCACUUUCCACCAACGGUAUUGUGACAUCUGAGACUUUAACGACUCAAGCUGCUCUGAUAGCUGAAGCAUACCAAAUUGACCGUACGUCCUCUCCUUUGCAUGUAUUCUCAAAAACUUCCUUAAUAUUUUAUACGCCAGGCCCCACGAGUAUCAAUGUUUGGGCCCAGUCAGUCUUACCACUUUCUCGUGGGACCAUUCGCAUCAACACCACCGAUCCAUCCGUCGAUCCAAUUGCAGAUGCGCAAUAUCUCACUACUGAAGUCGACAUGAUUAUCGCUGUCGCCGCGGCACGGAAAGUUUCUAGCAUUGCGGUAACGCCACCAUUCAGUGACCUCCUCAUUGAAAAUGCAUUGGCAGAGGCAGGCGUGCCGCAAGUGGGUGCAGCAGAUGAGGAAGUUGGUCAAUGGGUACUUUCUACAUACACUCCUGGCACGCAUCCAAUUGGAAGCAACUCGAUGAUGCCGAAAGAGCUCGGCGGUGUCGUUUCCCCUGAGCUUCUUGUUUAUGGAACAAUAAAUCUUCGAAUAGCAGAUGCAUCCAUCAUUCCGUUGAGCGUGUUCCCACAUACGACAUUGGGCUUAUAUGGGGUAGCAGAGAAAGCGGCAGAGAUGAUCUUGCAGACUGUUGCAGCAGAAAGCUAG